UCCAACAUAAAUAACCAAAUUAAUGCAAAGAAGACGAGACAUUUAGAAUGCGAAAAACAAGCUUAAUUUGUAUUUUUGUCAGUCAGCUUCAAUUCAUAAAAGAGCUGGUUAAAAUUCUCUCCAAAAAUCUAGAAAGCUAUGAAACAACUAAAUUCAAAUAUGAAAAGAAUUAAUCCAAGCAGACACCAAUUGAUUAACUAGUGAAAAAAUACGCGCCCCCUCGACAGCGGAUGUUUAUGAAACUGCCCGCCUCGUCAGUCGUCAAAUAAUCCAGCGCCCGGCAUUCAUUGGGAUAGUUACCUCCUAGAUAGAGUGCCAACUGUUAAACAUGAAAAGCAGUCUGAAGUUUCGACACACUUGCAAAUCGUUCAAACUGUUUAAACCAGCGGCUGAAUUGAUCAAUUCUAUGAAGAGCGUUGACUGGACUAAGCCAUCUGCCGAGAACCUGGAUCAGAUACGAGAACUUGGUAACAAAUUAUGCAACGAGCUCAACGAAGAGAGUUUCAUGCACUCUACUGAGUUCCACCUGAUGACGAUGGGGGAGGUGAAGGCCACAUUGUUUGAGUCUGGGCUGUUCGACCUCCUCCUCAGCAUCUGCGACGCCAACAAACACAACGUGUUCAUGAAGCAUUCGCCUACUCCCGAAGAAAACAGUUGUAGUGGUGAUUCCAAACAUGAGACAGAAUCAUCAUCCACAUGCUUGAGUGCUCAGUGUCUGAUCUCAGUGACUCACCUGUUGCUGCAACUCCUCAAGAGUCCCCUCAGAAGAGAAGACAGACAUUUGCACACUGCUAAAACGAGCCUGCUGCAAACUAUCUUUGACCAGUACGAGGAACUGUUCACUACCUGUCUGUCCAUUCUGUCCCAUCACCUAGAUCCAAAAUUGGAGGCCCAUUUGGGAGGCGAUGAAAUAGAAAACUUAGCCCAGCAUGCAGCAAUGAUCUUACAGAUCAGUGCGAGUAAUGAGAAGUUGCUGAUCACUGGCUUCUUGGGCGGGAAAGGUCUGAGGGUGUUAGUGGAGACAGUGGCCAUGUCCAAGUGGAAGCCAGUCAGGGACACCACUCUCUUACUCCUCAAGUGCUUCGACCGAGAGAUACUCUCCGCUAACUUCUUUCUAUUUCAGGCAACCACAUAUCUUCCCCAUUAUCAUUAUCAUCGUCAUAUUAAGUUUCCAGUAGUUUAA